AUGACAACAAAGAAAGAGAAGAUUCGGAGCAUUGCAAAGAAGCUAAUUGAGCUGGACUAUGACGAGGCUGUGGAAGCCGUCAAGAAGGUGGAGGCGCAUUUGGCGGCCAAAAUGAUCCAGGUCCGGUAUGACGAAACGAUGUUCUGGAAUAUCAUCAAGAAGGCUGCGGCUCGUCUCGACCCGACGACACUGCCGACACCAAAAGGAGUUUUGGACGAGUUCAGCAGGGAAGAGAAAGCUGCCACUGAGAAAUUUAUCAAGGAGGCCGGACAGGGACCAAGUCAAGGCUCCACUCAAGCGCUGUCAAGCGACGAGCUGGGCGUCCCACUCGACAUCAAAGGAUUGAAGAGUGGGAGCAGAAACAAGUCAGUCUUCGUCAGCCUUCUCGCCAAAGAUGAAGCGUUUCUUUGGGUUUGUUCUGUCACCACCAUGAACAAAGAUGAUCGCCUGGGCGUCUUCGUGGGGCACCUCCGGCAUUCGGAAGGCUUCGACACCACGUGGGGGAUCAAAGGACCAAGAGAAAACCUGUGGUUGGAUUAUUCGAAAGUCACCGGACUGCUGAAUCAGAUGCGUGUAUCGCAACAGGGUGGUGAUGCAAACGUGCGCCUUCAUUGGGAGCUCUGUGAUGUUGAGGGAAGGUCAGAGCCCACUUGGACGGUCUCCGCUUGGGCUCUCAAGACGAUUCGACCAUUCGAAGAAUUCGUCCGUUGUGCAGAACAGGAAGCGCAGUUCCGCUUGCAUCAAGAUCCAGCUUGCGCGAGGAAAGGGUUCCUCAGAUGA